AUGAUUUCCUUAAACAACAAAAUCAGAAGCCACUUAGAGUUUUAUAUACUACAUAAGGAGACAAUAGAUACCGAACUCGAGGAAACAGGUUAUAACGAUUCCAAUACAUUUGGGCACAAAGUCUGGCUUUUUAUUCGCAAUAUAUUGAGUCGCUAUAUACAAACGGGACAUACCCAUCCCAUCGCGCUAUACGAGUAUGAUCUCCGCGAACUAUGGUAUCUGUGCGUGCAAGGCGCCAAACUUACAGCUGCAGAACAUCCUGCGCAAUACAGAUUGGUGAGCCAAGUGCUCCACACAAGAGAAAUGGGUGUUCUGUCUCGAAAGAGCGGGGAUGCAAAUGAAGAGGAGGAGAGAAAUGAUCAGGAGGGCGAAACGGAAAGAGCAUCUACAUCCGAUGGAAACAUCUGGCGCGAUCUUCCAUUCCUGUUCGAAGAAAUCCGAGCAGCGUGGACUCUCUCCCCAAGUAUCCCUCCCGUCCAGCGCCACAAUCUAAGUGCAUUUAUUGCCCGCCUCGCUUUUGUUGGAGUUCGUGAUCCCGAGCUAUGCCUAGUUGGGCUUUGGAUCUUGCGCGAUACCCUUGAGACCCCGCUGCUGUUGACAAGUGGAGGAGCCGAGGCUCCCCGCCAGGAUUCAGAGCAACGUCCAUGUACCAUCGCGGACCGACUUCUCACCGUACUAGUGUGGUUUCAGCACUGUGGACACAAAAUCAAAAGCCUCUGCAUUCUAAAUCAGGAUUUCGAAUCCGGGGUUUCAGAAAUCGGGGAAUUGGCUCAAAAAGCAUAG